AUGUCCAGCCCACAGGCUGCGGUUCCCCUGCCCAGGAAUCCAACAACAAUCGCAGACCUGCCUCCCGAGCUCAUCACGUCGAUCUACAAGCACCUCGACAAACCCUCCUCGAUCACCGCACUCAACAGCACCUGCCGCAAACACUACCUGAUCUGGCAACUCAACGCAGCCUCCAUUUCCAGCGCAGUCAUCUACGACAGAAUCUCCGGUAUCUCCACCGCCAUGGAGCUGCUAGAUAUCCAAGACAGGAUCCGCGGCGUCGACCUUAGCAUAAGAAAUCCAGCCACCGGUCGCGUUCUGGAAAUCCAACAAGAGGCCCGAGACGCGGUCUUGAGAGACCAAAAGAGCGGCUAUCGAGGUGCCGCCUACAGCAACGGCGAUUACCGUGCGAUCCUUGUCCGGAACAAGGCGCUCAUCUCCAACGCGAAGAAAGCCGACCAUGCCGGCACAUUGUCCACGCGGGGCGCAUCCCCCGACCGCAUCGUGUCGCCCGAUGAUGCUCGGGUGCCGCCACGCGAGGAGUUCAUCUCCGCUUUCUAUCGCGUCUGGAUGUUCGCAACUUUAUACUUAGGAGAAGCCAUGAGGGCCCGAUUGGGUUCGAUGGAGGUGACUCAGCUCGAAGACAUGAUGGCCGUGGUACAGUUCUUGGUCUACGACUGCCCCGUUGAUGACAAGGUUUACCUGGGUGUCUCCAGACGCUGGAAGCCGCGCCCUAUUGAGUUCGGUUAUGGAACGGAACCAGACAAGUGUAAUUUUGAUUGGGGUUGGAUGGGGGCUUUCUUCAGUAUUAGUGGCGCGUAUGGGGGUUUGGCCGGUGCGCACAUGAUUGUAGCCAUCGGCCACAGUGUAACUGGGGAUUAG